AAACCGCAAUGGCGUGCUCAGCUAUUUUUUAUUUUCUCCCCAUAAAAAUUGAAUACGGAGAAACUUUUUGACUAGAGAACUUUCUUCUUCUUCUUCCUCAGUUGGCGAAAAACAAAUGCUGAAGCUAUGGAGAUGGUAUCAGCACUGCUUGGCUGUUCAUCCCGUGAAGACCCAAGUCGUCAGCUCUGGCUUUCUUUGGGGGCUCGGAGACAUUGGAGCUCAGGCCAUCACUCACCGUUCAAUUACUUUGAAUACCCAAAACCCAUUAUUUUCUGCCCAGGGGAGUAAAGAAGAGUUCAAAAUCAAUUGGCAAAGGGUGGCUACAACAAGUAUGUUUGGGUUUGCAUUUGUUGGACCAGUUGGCCACUAUUGGUACGAAUACUUAGACCGCUUCAUCAGACUUCGUCUUCAGCUGCAACCAAAAACGUUCAAGUUCGUCGCCACCAAAGUCGCUACUGAUGGAUUCAUUUUCGGCCCUUUAGAUCUUCUAAUAUUUUUCUCAUACAUGGGAUUUGCAUCUGGGAAGAACACCGACCAAGUUAAGACAGACGUAAAGAGAGAUUUUCUUCCUAGCCUUCUUGUCGGAGGAACAGUUUGGCCAAUUGUUCAGAUUGCAAAUUUCCGAUAUGUGCCAGUGAGGUAUCAGCUUCUUUAUGUGAACUUGUUUUGCUUGUUGGACAGCUCAUUCUUGUCUUGGAUUGAGCAACAAGGGGAUGCUUCUUGGAAACGCUGGUUUACUUCUGCUGCUCAUCAUUCUGUGGAAGAUCACAAACGUGGAUCUUGAUUAUUUCUAUAAUUUUUUUCCUUUUCCCAAUUAGCCAUCUGAGUUUUUUUUGAUCAAAUGCAAGUUGGAUGAUGUAUUUUUGUCACUGCUUCUGUGGAGACGGGUGAUUCCAGUUUUGCUUUCUGAUGUACCUGAAAAAUUCAAUGAGUUACGUGCACUUGCAUGUUAUAAAAUUCGAUGGAAUACAGGAAGUUAUAUUUCUAUCUAAUGUUUGAAUGAUUAACUAGAGUUAU